AUGGCGGGGACCGCGGCGGCCGCUCCUCCCACCCGCGGGGAACUUUCCGCUGCCGCCGCGGAUGCUGCCUCCUCCCCUCCGCGGCGGACCCCGGCGCUGCCCGGCCCGGGGCUGCUGGGGCUGGGGCUGGGGCUGCUGCUCUGCUGCGGUGCCUUUGCUGGACCAGUUGUUGAUCCACAUGUAACAGCAGUUUGGGGGAAGAAUGUCACACUGAAAUGCAUAAUUGAAAUAAAUGAAACAAUAACACAAAUCUCAUGGGAGAAGGUACAUGGUAAAAGUACACAGACCAUUGCUGUUCAUCAUCCUGAAUAUGGGUUUUCUGUUCAAGGAGAAUACCAAGGAAGAGUGUCAUUUAAGAACUACUCACUUACUGAUGCAACUAUCAUCCUAAACAAUAUAAGCUUCUCUGAUUCAGGAGAAUAUGUAUGCAAAGCAGUUACAUUCCCACUAGGAAAUGCUCAGUCAUCAACAACCGUAACUGUAUUGGUUGAACCCAUUGUGACCCUAACAAAGGGACCAAACUCUUUAAUAGAUGGUGAAAAUCAGACAGUAGCAGCUAUUUGUACAGCAGCCGCUGGAAAACCUGCUGCAGAUGUUGAUUGGGAAGGAGGUCUUGGAGAAAUGGAAUCCAGUUCUACUUCAUUUCCAAAUGAAACUGUGACAGUUGUCAGUCAGUACAAACUCAUACCCACCAAAUUUGCCAGAGGAAGACGCAUAACUUGUGUUGUGAGGCAUCCAGCUUUGGAGAAGGAGAUGAGAUAUCCUUACACAUUGGACAUACUAUAUGCCCCUGAAGUUUCAGUAACUGGGUAUGAUGGAAACUGGUUCAUUGGAAGAGAGCAUGUUCAGCUCCGAUGUAAUGCUGAUGCAAAUCCACUGCCCAUGGAAUUUACGUGGACCAGGUUGGAUGGGCAAUGGCCUGAAGGUUUAAUGUCUUCAAAUAAUACUCUGCAUUUUAACAGUCCAUUGACUUACAAUUAUACUGGGACUUAUGUCUGUAAGGUGACCAAUUCCCUUGGACAAAGAAGUGAUCAAAAGGCGAUCUACAUAUUAGAUCCUCCUACUACUACUACCCGACCACCUACGGUUCCAUGGCAUCCUUCAACUGAUGGCAUCACAGGUUUAGCAACAGAACCAAAACUAAUACAUUUUCCAACAUCAACCUUGCCAGCAAUGCAGGAAGAUAAUUGGGGUAUCAUCAUCGCUAGUGCAGUGGGUGGGGCUCUCUUUCUGAUACUUGUAAGUGUUUUGGUUGGAAUUAUCUGCUAUAGGAGAAGACGGACGUUCCGUGGUGACUACUUUGCUAAGAACUACAUUCCACCAUCCGAUAUGCAAAAAGAGUCUCAAAUAGAUGUUCUCCAAUCAGAUGAUGUGGAUUCUUACCCUGACAGUAUAAAAAAAGAAAUAAAACAUCCAGUGAACAGUCUAAUAUCAAAAGAUUAUUUAGAAGACCCAGACAAACCAGAGUGGAACAAUGUAGACAAUAUUAACAGGUACCAAGAACGGUAUGAAAGACCAAUGGAUUAUUAUGAAGGAGGAACACUGGGAAUGAAGUACAUGGUUGGCGAAUGUUAUGAUGACAAUGAAGAAGACUUUGUGUCACAUGUAGAUGGCUCAGUAAUCUCCCGGAAGGAGUGGUAUGUGUAGUAACCACUGAUACCUUAACUUGAUUCAUACAGUUCCAUUCAUUAGUUGAUCAUUUUCAGGUUGUUUAUAUUUUUACUUGAGGAAAAACAAGCUUUUUGAAGUUGAUUUUCAAGCUUUUGAUAUUGUAAAAAUCUGGGUUAAAUGUAUCUGAGCUGCUUUAUGAUUUUUCAAUGCUGUACUACUGUCUUUGAAAAUAUUGGAAUUUUGAUGCAUAAUGCUUUAUUCGUCUACAGCACAUGUAAGAACCAAGUGCUAAAUUAAAGUUACCAUACAACGUUAGAAUUAAAAAGCAACUGUCUUGGCUUUGUAAUUUAAAAACUGUUUACCUGAGACUAUGAUCAAGUAUAAUCUUUGUUAAGCAUAUGGUUUUUUAUAUAUAUAUAAUAUCACACACACAUUUUAGACAAAAACAAGUGAGUUAGUCUUAAAGCUGAAGUUUAUCUAAGGUAAAUUCAAUUCUUAAGUAAUUUUUACCAUGCAAAAACAUGGAUUUGCUUAAAUCUGUUUUUUCAAAGAUAUGUUUUACUUUUCUACACAAAAAUGAACACCUCUUUGUUUUAAUGAGCCUUCCUGUAAUAUGAUGUGCAUAGUUAGUGGUAACUUUUAAAGAAAACAUGUUGCAUUGAAAAAGUUAGAAUUCUCAGUGAAGGAGUUUUAGAGGAAUAACAAUGAAUAUAUGGAAGGUUUUGUCUUGUAGUUGAUUUUUGAGAACCAUUUUUUUUACACUACAGUUCAUUUCCAAAAUGUACUAUUAGUCUGUGUACAGAAUUUGUCAGUUAUAGGCCUGUAUUUCACAUGAGAUCAAAAACUGAUUCUCGAACUUAAAGAGAGAGAACUUUCAACUAGAAAUGAGAUGAUGCCUGGAAAGUUUUCACUGAGGAUCGGGAAAUACAAGGUUUGGUCUCAAUUAGAUAAAAAUUCUAAGCAUAUGAGGGAAACGAAUGGUGUUAAUAUAGCUAAGAUAUACAAGUUUAAGAUUCUAGCAGAAUACAGCAUAACAUAGUGUGCAGAACAUUAAAAGGUAUAGGGCAAAUUUUUACAAUCUUUUGUGAUUACAUCACCGCUUUUAAGAGUUCAGCAUACUUUUUUUUUCUUUUAAAACAUGUAUGGAAAGGGUUAAUGUAAAAAAAAGUGCUAUUUAAAAUAAAGCAAGUAGGGAAAUAUUGCUAUUUAAUGCUGUUAAAAAUAAUUUGUACAAGCACACAGUGGAAUCCCCAGAACAGCAGUUGUAUGUAUUACUCAGUUGGGUUUGUUUGUAUUGCAUUGGUUUGCUUUGUUGCAAAUAAGCAAGUGGAACUGUUGACUAAAACAGUAAGCAGUCUUGUAGCUAGGAGAAGGAGAUGGUUACUAGAAAUGAAAUUGCAUGCUUGGAAGUCGAUUUCAAGAGCUGGAACAACCUUGCCUCUUCUUCAGUAGUAGGUUCACUACCUCAGCUUUGCAAAUGAAUAGAAUGGAAUCUGAAUGAAGUUAAUUCAGAAUCUAGUCUGACAGCAGUUAAAUUGUAAGAAUUUAGAGAUGAUAAACAGUUCUGUGGUGAAAUUCAUAUUUUAAGCUUUCAACUUGACAUGCAUGAGUUUAAAAACUCUUAUCCAGGAAAACUUGCCUGAAUGUUGAAGUCCAGAAAUGAAAAAACUUGGUGGGGCGCCGGGGGUGCGGAUGGGGGGAGAGAGGAGAUUGCCACACAGAUAACAAUUUUACAAGCUUGGGCCAGAAUUUUAAGGAUGCUUAAUGGCUACUUGUUUGAAUGUUUCCUUUAGUAGUAAAAACACUGCAAAACGACAGAGUAUUUAAAGCUUUACAGUAGAUACACUAUCUAUAUUAGGCUUUUGACACUAGUCUGUGGUUCCAGAUGACUGCAUGCCUUCAAAAAUGAAGGGUAGACUAGUAAAUUCGUAUAAAGAUUGCAACGGUUUCCUAAGGCUAGUUGCGUUCAUAAUUGAGAGUUAUGAGAGAUGUGUAUUAAAUUAAUUGACCAAAGUCUCAACUUAGCACAAUAGCAAGGGGGUCAUGCUCAGGUGUAAACUCAUGCAAAUGAAUUCUUAUAACACACGUGUCUACUCCAAAGCCCACUGAAGUAAGUGGAUCAGAUUCUACAUAUAGAACUUCUUGUCUCUGAGAGAUAAUUUAACUUAAGAGAACCUUUAACUGUAAACUUGAUGUCCAUGUGAGACAAUUUGGGCCUUCGGUAGGUUUGGUUUUUGUAACAAGUUGAGAUUUAGAGAUGGGUAUUCCCUAUCCUCUUAAGUGUUCUUCACCAUCUUAAAUUAUUAAACUUUGAGUUAAAAUUUUUAAACUGAAGAGGAUGGUGAUAAAGACUCCAAAAACGUUGCAGUGUUUCCUACUUGAUGUAUGUUUGCUGUAAAUAGAGAAUUGAUUGUAAG